ACUCGGCAUAGAAUUUUACUUGUCUGCAAAAUGGCUCGCCGUUUAUUUGUUAGCUUUGUGGUUGCUGCACUGGGUGCGAGUUUUAUGUCCACUUCCGGCCUAGUUGCAUCCGAGUCUAGCAAGAUCUUUACUCUACCUCUUCUUGUGACAUUCGGUCUGCUGGUCGGUUUAACGUACCUGGUAGGAACCGCCUACGGAGCCAUCUUCGGCGAAUACUAUUUCUAUGGGGACGAAGGGAGAGACUCGUACCUCAUCCGGAAAGCACCUGCCGGUAUGACCAGAGAAACCGGCAUUGCGGAGAUGAAGCGAUCGCGGAAAGUUGGUGCGAUCCCGCCCGUCUACCCUAACGGCUGGUUCGCCGUCUUGAGGUCCGCGGAGCUCAAGAAAAUGGAGACGAAAUAUGUUCAUGCGCUGGGUUUGCAUUUGGCUGUAUUCCGAGGUGAGAGUGGCAAGGUGUACAUCACGGAUGCAUACUGCCCUCACCUUGGCGCCAAUCUAGCCAUUGGCGGGAAGGUGAAGGGGGAGUGUAUUGAGUGUCCUUUCCACGGGUGGACAUACCGUGGGGAUGAUGGUAAAUGCGUCAAAAUCGGCUACGCAGAAAAGGUGCCAGACUUUGUCAAGGUGGACACGCAUCGAUGCCAUGAAGUCGCCGGCUUCAUUUGCGUAUGGUUUCAUGCUGAGAAGGAGGAGCCUAGCUGGUAUCCGCUAGAGGGCGUGGAGGCCAAGAUGAGCACAAUGGGCAAAGUUGGAUUCUUCGAAGCCUACGUGGAAUGUCACGCACAGGAUAUUAUUGAGAAUGGUGGAGACAUACCCCACCUGAAUGUCGUCCACGGACCACAAAUAUACGAAAAGCACUACACCGGAACAUUUGAGCAGCACGAAACCAAGAAACAUAUCGGCAUUACCGCCUCCUCGUUUGUCCGGAAAGACUCCAAAGGUCUCUGGAGUUAUUUCAGUCCCGCUAAGAAAGAAAAGAGGGAGCAGUACCAGGAGCAGCACGGGCCAGGCCUGUCCUUUGUACAUUUCGGCAAGGAGCUCUUGGUUAUUGCCAACACACCCGUCGGGCCGCUCAGGCAAAAAGUGACCUUCACCCUGUACAGCCCGUAUACCAAGGGACUCAAAAAUGCAAUCGUCAACAAGCUGCGAUUGUAUUUCAAUUUCCUUGUUCUACAAGGAGACUUUGUCAUCUGGGCCAAUAAGACCUACCUGAGCAAACCGCAGUACGUCAAGGAGGACAGUCCCACUGUCGCACAUCGCCGAUGGUUCUCCCAGUUCUACACAGAGCAUAGCCCGAGGUACAACCCUCCUGACCCGCUGCAGUGGUGAAACCUACGACCAUAGAUAGGCUCUCCGAAAAUCAAUGCAAACAGGUUAAAACAUUCACUAAAAACCAACAAAUUAACACAAUUUCAUCUGGAAUAACAAACGCCUGACCCGAACUGAGCCAUGAGAUGCAAACGGGUCAUGUCUUGACUAUCUUGCAAAAAAAAUGCUUCCAUAGCUAAAUGUUGAUCACUUUUUAAUUUUUGUGUGAUAAAUAAUUUCAGUAAAGUAUCAAAAAAAUGCCAUAUUUUGAUUCGAAUAAUAAGUAUCUGUAUCAGUGCUUAAUGUUAGUGUUGCUCAAUUUCUACUUCUUUUUAAGAUUAAGUUUUAUAUUCCUGUAGUUGAUAGUUAAAGGUGUAGUGCGCAAAAAAAUAAGGUAUAUAAGAAUGAAGAAAUCCCACAAUGCAUUAUAUUUGGAAGAUAUAGACCAAUAUUGUAAUGCCUAUCUUCAGGCAUAUGAUCAACAUGAACUUUGCGAAAACAACAUCCUUCGUACAGGAUGUCAUUAUGAUGAGAUAAUGAUAAGGAUGUCAUUGAAUAAAUAUAAUGUCGAAAUCUAUCUACGUUGUAAGAUAUCGUCAUACCACAGAAAACAUUUCACGAUGUGAAAAAAAAACAAUGCUGAAAUAUGAGCCGGAAUCGUUUGGUUUCUAUAAUGUUGUUAUCCCUAUUUGCAGGCAUGAUCAUGAACUUUGCGAAAACAACAUCCUUCAUCUUGGAUGUCAUUACGAUGAUAUAAUGAUCGUUUGGUUUCUACAACACUUUAGUGCUACUUAAUUGUUUAUAUAGGCCUAGGUUCAAUAGAAAGAGAAAUGUAGUAAGCAUGUCAUCCUAGUUGAUCUCUAUUAGUGUCAAUAUAUGGGCCAAGGAUAUCUGAAGUAUAUCAUAGAAAUUUACGAUGUAUAUUUUAUGAUAUCUAAAUUUGGUCUCAGUUUUACCUAUGCCUGCAGACUACUAUUUCGAAAUCUUUAAAUGUUCUGCAACAAAAUAAAGUAACGUCGAUAAAGAGAAAACAGAGACAAAUUAAACAACUGAAAGAAUCAAGCCUUAGUCGGCAAAUGCCAAACUAACAAGACAGAAUUAGAACAGACUAGAACUUUUAGUGAUUGGGGAGUUCAAAAAUCAGGUCGCAUUCAGUUUCUGUGAAUGUUGUUAUUUAGUUAACUGUUUUGAUUUUCUUCAGUGUUAUUACAAAGACUGUUAUGGUGUAUUAAUUUUGAUAUAAUAUUUUAGAAUUUAAAAUUGGAUUGAGCCUUCGCAAAAUCUCAGAUCGAUGUUUUAAUAUUAAUUUACAUGAUCCUGCCUAUUUAAUUCAAGAUAAAUUAACUGCGUAACCCCUUAAUUAUUAUAUUUGUUUUGGUAAUUAGUUGUUAAAUCAUGGCAUUAUUAUUUUUU